ACGCGGCUCCACCAAAUCGAGGUCAAAUGAUACCAUACUCCUGUUUCAUGCUUGCUGUAGAGCGACUUUUUUCUUCUCAUGCCGAUAUCUCCUUGAUGACAGCUCGGUUUCUGUCUUAACUGGAAUUUAGCACGCAUGGGAAUCCGGUAAAAUUCUGGCAAUUCCGGUAAUCGACACACAAACUAUAGCUUCUCAGAAAUGUCCUGUGUGUUUGCAUUGAAGUUCGCCAAAACAUCAGAGCCUUGACUAAGAGGCCACAGCUCAGGUGUGCUAUGGCCAUACUCGAUAAUAUGCCUGCUGUUUGUGUGAUAAGGCACUAAUUUCACUGUGUUAUUGAUUGAGAGCUCAAGGAUGUCUGGAGCUGGGAACAUUGAGUCCCUGAAGCACCCGGUGGAGAACUGAACAGUCGAGGAGGAGGACAAGGAGGACAUUCUCUCAUUCUUCUCUUUUGCCAUCCACAUCUGAGGCCAUGCUGAGACUGUUCAUUUUGGUGUCAGUCCUUCUAUAUGGAUCUGCAGCAUCCAACUUUUCAACCCAGAAUCAGCAUCCAAAUGUGACUGCCGUUGAAGAGGAGGACACAGGCUGGGAUUUACUUCAGCUAAGAGCCAAUCUGCUGUCCUUCUCGCAGCCAAUGCACCCGUACACCCUGCUGACAGACCCUGAGGACUCCCACUACAUGCCCAAACCCAGACAUCGACGGCCUUCUCGCCUCCUGCGUCUUCUGGGAUCCUCUUUUGACCCGUUUUGGAUGUCCAUAGAGCAGCCAUCUGAAGCCUCUAAGGGUCACGACGGUGGUCAACCUUUUUUGCGUGGCGACACACUGCCUUCAAAAAUACCCGAAUUCACCACUGCCAGAGAGAAGUUUAACCUGAGCGCCUCCCCAGAGCUGAGAGAGGCUGCGGUGAACCGUCGCCAGAAGCUGGAGAGAGAAGCUAAAGAUCUGGACCUCAGUUCUUUGCCCUCGCACGUCGCCAGUUUGGUCAGAGACUGGUUUGUCCGCUCGGCCACUUGCGGGCUAACCUACCAGUGGGUGGAUGUGGGUCCUGUGCUCUGGCCACGCUGGCUGCGGCACACCGCUUGUGAAAAAUCAGAUGGGGAGCAAAGUUGCUCCUUCCCCGGUGGGAUGGAGUGCGUGCCAGCUGAGACAACUUACAUUAACAUUCUGCUCUGGCUCUGCUUGGAAGUUGGAGAGGGGGGCGAGGGGUCAAGGGAGAGCAAAGCUGACAGGCCUGAUGGCAGCUCUGAGAUGGGGGCAGGUGAAGUCAUGAAAAGGUGUGCAUGGAAGAAAGUGCCUUAUCCUGUGGUCACGGCAUGUGCAUGUUCAUGUAAAUAAAUGCUGAGCUUUUCUGUCCUCGUCUACAGAUGGGUUCCUAUAUUGUGCUGCUACUGAGCUGAUGUUAUGCAUGAAAUCAAAAUUGUGUUGACUGAUUUUACAAACCUAAUCACAGCUACCAUUAAUCAUUCAGUAAGAUUCUGCGUAUAACUUUAAUGCUACUGGCCGAAUUUAAUACAUUUUUCUAGAGCAACCUUUGAAUUCUGUCAUUAUUUUACUAAUUACACUUUUAAGGAAUGAGCUACAAAGUUAAGUGCCAAUGCAGCGGUAAAGUAGGCUGCUGAAUAGGCUGCUUAUUUACUUUUUUCACACUGUGAUGGUCCAGGGGUUAAAGUGUAAACCUUUCAGUUUAUCCUCUAAAGGCCUGCCUCUCUAAAAGACAAGCACAAGUCCAGUGUUGGUAACAGUAAACCUGUCAGUUGGUACAGCUCAUAGUCUCUGCUGUGGGUUGUGUUGCAUUCUGUAACGUGGGAAAUUCAAGGAUCAAGUAGGUUGGGUACACUGCUCAAAAGUUUUUGAGCAUGACUUUGACAUACAAAUUGUAUGAUACAAUUUCAUGUUUUCCAGUGGCUGCUGCCUGGUGGGCCAGACUGUGACUUUUUCAAAACUGUUCUUUGGUAACAGGGAUGGUUUUCUUUUGUGUCUUUAAUAUUAUCAUUCAAGUAACCAACGAUGAUACAAAUGUUUCAUCAGCAUCUAUGGCGCUCAUGACGGGUGGGAGAUCCUGGGAUUAAUACACAGAAAGCUGGUUUGGAUAAAUGGAUAGCUGCCUGUGUCUGCUGCCUUUCUUGUACAACAUGAAUAAAUCCACAUGGUUGAAGUUAAUUAAUUCACAUGAGGAUUGACGUCCUAUUAAAACAGUUUGAAAUUCUU